CAAUGAAUAUAAUACAGUUGAGUUGACGUAUCGAGGUGUGGGAUGUCUUAACCCUCGGCGACUCGCACAACUCGCUAAUCAUGGCGGCUCGAGAGAGGGUUGUUCAUCUGUUGAGGCAGCUGCAAAGGGCAUCAUGUCGAUGUCCUGCUCACUCUCAGACCUAUUCACAAGCACCGGGACACGUUACAACCAGAGCAACAGACUACGCUUUUGAGAUGGCUUGUUCAAACAUCCGAUAUGGAGAAGGAGUGACAAAUGAAGUCGGUAUGGACCUUCAGAAUAUUGGGGCCAAGAGAGUUUGCGUAAUGACAGACAAAAAUCUGGCUAAGCUUCCUCCUGUCAAAGCUGUCCUGGAUUCAUUAGUUAAGAAUGGAGUAAACUUUCAAGUGUUUGACAAGGUCAGAGUGGAGCCAACUGAUUUAAGCUUCAAGGAAGCAAUAACAUUUGCGAGACAAGAACAAUUUGAUGCAUAUGUUGCUGUUGGAGGCGGGUCUGUGAUGGACACAUGUAAAGUGGCUAACCUGUACAGCUGCAGCCCUGAUGCAGAACUCUUUGACUAUGUCAAUGCACCAAUAGGAAAGGGAAAACCCAUCACCGUUAACCUCCGUCCUUUGAUAGCAGUUCCCACAACAGCUGGCACUGGAAGUGAGACCACGGGUGUGGCUGUGUUUGAUUAUGAAGCAAUGAAAUUUAAAACAGGCAUUGCCAGCAGAGCUCUAAAGCCCUUACUUGGGAUUGUGGAUCCUUUGCAUACCUUGCACAUGCCUGACCGUGUGGCAGCUUACAGUGGAUUUGAUGUACUUUGCCACGCAUUGGAAUCCUACACAGCUCUUCCAUACAGCUUACGAUCACCGUGCCCUCCAAACCCAGUUAAUCGGCCAGCAUAUCAAGGGAGCAACCCUAUUAGUGAUGUGUGGUCCAAACAUGCCCUGAGAAUUGUGGCCAAGUACAUGAAGCGUGCUGCCCAAAAUGCUGAUGACCAUGAGGCAAGAUUCAACAUGCACCUUGCAAGUGUUUUUGCAGGGAUAGGAUUUGGAAACGCUGGUGUUCAUCUCUGCCAUGGAAUGUCCUAUCCAGUGGCAGGAUUGGUGAAAACUUUUAAAGCCAAAGAUUACAAUGUGGAUCAUCCUUUGGUGCCACAUGGCCUUUCUGUUGUUCUGACCUCUCCUGCAGUCUUCACUUUCACAAGCCCCAUGUGUCCUGAACGCCAUUUGGAAGCAGCUGAGAUACUAGGAGCUGACACAAAGAACGUGAAGCGUGAAGAUGCAGGAUUAGCUCUGGCUGAUACGCUUCGGAAUUUCUUGUUUGAACUGCAUGUUGAAGAUGGGCUGAGUGCAGUUGGUUACACUAAUGAAGAUAUUCCCGCUUUAGUCAAAGGAACACUGCCUCAGGAAAGGGUAACAAAACUAUCACCAAGGCCUCAGACAGAGGAAGACCUGGCAAAUUUGUUUGAGUCCUCUAUGAAAUUGUAUUGACCUCUGUGCAUAAAUACAGAAUUCAAAGCUACUUUAUAAGGAGAACUCACUGAACAUAAAAUAUACUGCUGUUUGGUAUACCAACAUGUCAAAGUGGUACUUAAAUACGUUACUAUGUUUUGGACAUGUUACUUUAUAUGUUACUAUAAACACUAAGCUUGUGGAAUGUUACUUUUCUGAGUGUCAUCAGUUGUUAAUUAGGUUACUCCCAUGUAAUGGUUCCCAGCACAAUCCCUGGAUCAGUGGAAGGGAAGAUGAGUAUAUAGCUUCAUCUGCUUCUGCCAGUCUUCCUAAGCUGAAAAUUACACACUACAUUGUGUUCAGUUCUGGACAGGACACAUUAGGACAAGAAACAGGAGAAAUUUAAUAGAACAAGACCAGAAGAUGGGUUUCAAUUAUAGAAACAUAGAAAAACCUACAGCACAAUACAGCCCUUCGGCCCACAAAGCUGUGCCUAACAUGUCCCUACCUUAAAAAUUACCUAGGCUAACCCACAGCCCUCUAUUUUUCUAAGCUACAUGUACCUAUCUAAAAACCUCUUAAAAGAUCCUAUCGUAUCUGCCUCCACCACCGUUGCCAGCAGCCCAUUCCAUGCACUCACCACUCUCUGAGUAAAAAACUUACCCCUGACAUCUCCUACUCCCCAGCACCUUAAACCUGUUGCGGCAACCAUUUCAGCCCUGGGAAAAAGCCUCUGACUAUCCACACUAUCAAUGCCUCUCAUCCUCCUUCACUCCAAGGAGAAAAGGCCGAGUUCACUCAACCUAUUCUCAUAAGGCAUGCUCCACAAUCCAGGCAACAUACUUGUAAAUCUCCUCUGCACCCUUUCUAUGGUUUCCAUAUCCUUCCUGUAGUGAGGCAACCAGAACUGAGCACAGUACUCAAGUGGGGUCUGACCAGGGUCCUAUAGAACUCUCGGCUCUUAAACUCAAUCCCACGAUUGAUGAAGACCAAUGCACUGUUUGCCUUAACCACAGAGUCAACUUGCACAACAGUUUUGAGUGUCCUAUGGAUUUGGACCCCAAGAUCCCUCUGUUCCUCUACACUGCCAAAACUCUUACCAUUAAUACUAUCUUUAUAAUGGACUAUUUAAUAUAAUGGACAGUCUGGAGACAUUAGGAUUAUUCUUACAGCUGAAAGAUUGACAUUCAAUACAGGUUUUCAAAAUACUGAGGUUUUAAUUGAGUGACUAAGCUAAAAUUGUUUAUAUAGGGUCAUAAGUUAGAUCCUAACCAGAUAUUAUUGUUUUAAGAUUAUUGUUAAAAGAUCAGAGAGAAGUUGAGAAAAAAAAAUUUCUGUUGCAGGAUUUGUAAGACAUUAUCAGCAAUGGGCAACAGAAAUGUAACUCUGAAAGAUAAUCAGUAAAGCAAAUGCUCAUAAGAGUUCAUAGCAAGUUGUGUGUUGAGUACAGCUGUGACAACGAGAAUGUUUGCUGCAUUGGUGUGAGAUUCUUUGCAUUUCUUAAUCCUUUAUUCUAAGAACGAUCUCAUGCCCGGAAUAAAUACCUAUGCCUAUAUGAAAUUUUUGUAACAUUAUCAUAGGGGAUUAUUUUUAAUAUAGAGAUUGCACUUGUGUAAACACUAAGUGUCAAUCCUCCUGUUCUGGUGUUAUUUUUAAAUGGAAUAUAAAUAAACUUGUAUUGUAUUGUUCAA